ACUCGCAUCCUUUCCUUCACACCCAGCGAAGCUCCAAAGCCACCGCUUGGGAGUAACAAGGGUAAAUAUAUCCAAUUCCAUGGAGGACUAACCUUUGGUUUUUAUCCCAAGGGAUCAGCUAUCUAACCGUUGGUAAACCCUAGGAGUUGUUUCUUGAAGCCAAGUAACAUCAUGCGCUGUAUAUUCUGCUACUCUGCUAGUAUCUUGUUUGUCCCCCACAUAAUUUCGUGCAAUCAGUGAAAAUUUGGUGUCACCUGGUAUUCCCUUUAGGAUCAUUGUAAGUGGAUAGAUAAGAGAAGUGCAUUGAUUGAGAUUGAGUGUAAUGAAAGUUCAAAGGCCUUCAGAUAAUGCCAUGAAGGCCCGUCCUUUAACUCCACUAAGAGCAAUUCGGGGUGUGGUUUGCUUACUUGUGCUUGUUUUGACCGCGUUCAUGAUGUUAGUGUAUUUUGGCUUCGCGGGCGCUGUUUUAGUUAGAAUUUUCAGCGUACCUUACAGUAGAAGAGUAACAUCUGUCUUCUUUGGUGCUUGGAUAGCUUUAUGGCCUGUUCUUUUUGAAAAGAUAAACGGGACUAAAGUUAUUUUUUCUGGAGAAACUGUUCCCAGAGGGGAACGCAUUUUGCUUAUUUCAAACCAUAGAACUGAGGUGGACUGGAUGUACUUGUGGGACCUGGCGUUGCGCAAAGGACACCAGGGAUUCAUAAAGUAUAUCCUUAAAAGUAGUUUAAUGAAACUUCCUGUAUUUGGAUGGUCGUUUCACAUAUUGGAGUUCAUUUCUGUGGAGAGAAAGUGGGAGGUCGACGAACCAAAUAUGCGCCAAAUGCUUUCAACUUUAAAUGAUUCUCAAGAUUCUCUCUGGCUUGCUCUUUUCCCAGAAGGAACAGAUUUCACUGAGCAGAAGUGCCUUCGUAAUCAGAAAUAUGCUGUUGAACAUGGCUUACCUGUACUAAAGCAUGUCUUGCUUCCAAAAACAAAGGGCUUCUGUGCAUGUUUAGAAGAAUUAAGGGGAUCUUUGGAUGCAGUUUAUGAUGUGACCAUUGGCUACAGGCCUAGUAGUCCGACUUUCUUCGACAAUGCCUCUGGGGUGAACCCUUCUGAAGUUCAUAUGCAUGUCCGCCGUAUCCCACUUGAUACUAUUCCUACAUCUGAAGACGAGGUUACAACUUGGCUAAUGAAUACAUUUCAUUUCAAGGACCAGUUGCUCUCUGAUUUUCAUUCUCAAGGUCAUUUUCCCCAUGAAGGAACAGAAGGUGAACUCUCUACUCUCAAGUGCCUUGUCAAUUUUAUGGCAGUGAUUAUCGCGACAGGAACAUGUACAUACUUAACCCUUUUCUCAUCCAUCUGGUUUAAGAUAUAUGUAUCUUCCGUUUGUGCAUAUCUCACAUCUGCUACUUACUUCAAUAUUCGACCAUUGCCUGUUGUUAGCCUUUUGAUAGGUUUCUUUAAAUGUAAAUCGUCUUAGGAGUGUCAACAGGUUACACGUAUGAGUUUUGUACCACCUGUAAUUCUUAAGUGGUUGGCAAUACCGUAAGUAGUUUCCUUCAGUCACAAAAUAGAUGCAUCCAAACUUCUAAAUUGUAUGAUUCAAGAUUUUUUUCUUCCAGCAAGCCUGUUAUGGUGUUUGUUAAAAAUAUAAUGGAUGGUUCUAUUUGCA